UCUCUGAAGAAGACUUCCGGUGGUGUGUCAUGGCGGUGGCAUGGUGAAGCCUACAGAAAGGGAAAAAUACUCGCCCCUUUCGUCCUUUACCAUCGAUUCAGGACACAUUUUAAUUCAUAAAUAAGCCUGUCAGCUCCAGCCCUAUACCUUGGAUUUAUCACCAGAACGUUGCGGUGUCCCCCCGCCCGGCCAUGGCGGCUCACAAACCAGUGGAGUGGGUCCAGGCCGUGAUUACUAGAUUUGAUGAGCAGCUUCCCAUUAAAGUUGGACACCAGAACACCCACACCAAAGUCAGCACAGAGCACAACAAGGAAUGUCUAAUCAAUAUCUCCAAGUACAAGUUCUCCCUCGUCAUCAGUGGCCUCACCACCAUCCUCAAAAAUGUCAACAACAUGCGGAUAUUUGGAGAUGCUUCUGAGAAGAACCUCUACCUCUCCCAGCUCAUUAUCCUGGACACCCUGGAGAAGUGUCUGGCUGGGCAAUCCAAGGACUGCUUACGUCUGGAUGAGACCAUGCUGGUCAAACAGCUGCUUCCAGAGAUCUGCCAUUUCAUCCAUACAUACCGUGAGGGUCACCAGCACGCCGCUGAGCUCCGGGCCUCAGCUUCAGCCGUCCUUUUCUCUCUAAGCUGCAACAACUUCAACGCCGUCUUUAGCCGCAUCUCCACCAGGCUACAGGAGCUGACAGUAUGCUCUGAGGACAAUGUGGAUGUUCAUGACAUAGAGCUGAUGCAAUACAUCAAUGUGGACUGCUCCAAGCUGAAGAGGCUGUUACAAGAAACUGUGUUGAAGUUUAGAGCUCUCAAGAAGCCUGCCCAGCUAGCAGUCAUCAACAGUUUAGAGAAGGCGUUUUGGAACUGGGUGGAGAAUUACCCAGAUGAGUUCACCAUGCUUUACCAGCGACCACAGGCAGAUAUGGCAGAAGCUGCAGAGAAGUUGUUUGACCUGGUGGACAGCUUUGCGGAGAGUGCUAAGAGGAAGGCAGCUGUGUGGCCUCUGCAAAUCAUCCUCCUCAUCCUCUGUCCAGAGAUCACACACACCAUCUCCAAAGACACCGUGGAAGACAGCAAGGCCAACAAGAAACUGUUUCUGGACAGUUUGCGGAAAGCUUUAGCAGGCCAGGGUGGCAGCAAGCAGCUGAUGGAGAGCGCUGCUAUUGCCUGUGUCAAACUGUGUAAAGCCUCCACAUACAUCAAUUGGGAGGAUCACUCAACCAUUUUCCUCCUGGUCCAGUCCAUCGUCAUGGAUCUCAAGGCUCUGCUGUUCAACCCAGCCAAACCCUUCUGGAGGGGGACAGGCAGCCAGAAUGCUGACGUUGAGCUCAUGAUGGAUUGCUUCGUCUCCUGUUUCCGCAUCAAUCCUCACAACAACCAGCACUUUAAGGUCUGUUUGGCUGCCUCCUCCCCUUCAACCUUUCACUUUGUCCUGGUCAACUCUUUGCACAGAAUUAUCACCAAUUCCCAUCUGGACUGGUGGCCUAAAAUCGAUGCAGUGUACUGCUACUCUGGAGACCUCCGCUUUAUGUUCUCAGACACCCUCAACCGCGUGAUCCAAGGUGUCGGCACCCAUGCUCCACUACGCAUGACACCGAGUCUGACAUUCAAAGGGAAGAUGACCACCAGCCUUAAAUUCAAAGAGAAAGCCACAGAACUGGACACUCGAAGUUACAAGUGUCUCCUUCUCGCUCUGGUCAAACUCAUCCAUGCUGACCCUAAACUCAUGUUGCAUAACCCAGUGAAGCAAGCUCCAGAGAUGCAGAGCAGUACAGCAGAGCUCAUCACCGGCCUGGUGCAGCUUGUGCCUCUAACUAACACCACCCAGCUCUCACAAGAGGCCAUGGAGGCACUGUUAGUUCUGCACCAGCCAGAGACCAUCGAGCUGUGGAAUCCCGAUGUCCCCAUAGAGACAUUUUGGGACAUCAGUUCACAGGUGCUCUUCCUUAUAUGCCGCAAACUGAUUGGUCAGCAAAUGAUUAAUGGGACAGAAGUUCUCAAAUGGCUGAGGGAGAUCCUCAUCUGCAGGAACAAGUUUCUGCUCAAGAACAAGGAGUUUGCCACUAUGGGUGGUGGUAUCCCCAUCUGCCGGCAAGCGCAGACAAAGCUAGAAGUUUGUCUCUACAUGUUCCUGUGGAGUCCAGACACCGAGGCAGUGCUGGUGGCCAUGUCGUGUUUUCGCCACCUCUGUGAGGAGGCUGACAUCCGCAGCACUGCUGACGAGGUGCCAGUCCAGAACAUCCUACCAAACUACGCCACCUUCAGUGAACUGGCCUCCGUCAGCAACAUGAUGGCAACAGGCCGGUCCACCUUGCAGAAGAGGGUGAUGGCCUUGCUAAGGAGGAUAGAGCACCCUACACCAGGAAACAUUGAGGCUUGGGAGGACACAUAUGCUAAAUGGGACCAGGUCACCAAACAGAUUCUCAACUUCCCCAAAAACAAAGCAGAUGAUGGGCAGCAGGAGUGGAUCAACAUGACAGGCUUCCUGUGUGCUCUGGGUGGUGUUUGUCUCCAGCAGCGCAGCACCCCCUGUUUAGCGACCUACAGCCCACCUAUGGGCCCCAUGAGCGAGCGCAAACACUCCAUGAUCUCCAUGGGCCCCUGUGAUGUGUCCAACCCUGUGGCCUCAGCAUCCUCCUGCUCCUCAUCGGCCUCCAGCGAGACACCCGUCAGCCGCUUCCUGGACCGGCUGCUGGCCCUGCUGGUGUGUGGUCACGACAGGGUCGGCCUCCAUGUUCGCACAAGUGUGAAAGACCUGCUGGGGCUGGAGCUCAGCCCCGCCCUCUACCCAAUGCUCUUCAACAAGCUGAGGAACAGCAUUGGCAAGUUCUUUGACACCCAGGGACCGGUUCCUAUUAAUGACAAUAACACCCAGUUUGUGGAGCAGACCAUAGCCAUCAUGAAGAAUCUGUUAGAUAACCACACAGAGGGCAGCUCUGAACACCUGGGACAGGCCAGCAUUGAGACCAUGAUGCUCAACUUGGUCAGGUAUGUGCGCAUCCUGGGCAACGUGGUCCAUGCAAUCCAGAUCAAAACCAAGCUGUGCCAGCUGGUGGAGGUGAUGAUGGAGAGACGAGAUGACCUGUCCUUCUGCCAGGAGAUGAAGUUUAGGAACAAGAUGGUGGAGUACUUGACCGACUGGGUGAUGGGAACCUCUAACCAAGCUGCUGAUGAUGACAUCAAGUGUCUGACAAGGGACCUGGACCAGGCCAGUAUGGAGGCAGUAGUGUCUCUGUUAGCUGGUCUUCCUCUUCAGCCAGAGGAGGGAGAUGGCGUAGAAUUGAUGGAGGCCAAAUCUCAGCUCUUCCUUAAGUACUUCACCCUGUUCAUGAACCUGCUAAAUGACUGCAGUGAGGUGGAGGAUGAGGGCCAGGCAGUGGGAGGACGAAAGAGAGGAAUGUCCCGUCGCCUGGCCUCCCUCCGCCACUGCACUGUCCUGGCCAUGUCCAACCUCCUCAACGCUAACGUAGACAGUGGCCUCAUGCACUCUAUUGGUCUGGGCUACCACAAGGACCUGCAGACUCGAGCCACUUUCAUGGAAGUGCUGACCAAGAUCCUGCAGCAGGGAACAGAGUUUGACACUCUGGCAGAGACGGUUCUGGCUGACCGAUUUGAGAGGCUAGUGGAGCUGGUCACUAUGAUGGGAGACCAGGGAGAACUGCCCAUUGCCAUGGCACUGGCUAAUGUGGUUCCUGGGUCCCAGUGGGAUGAACUAGCCCGAGUCCUGGUGACGCUAUUUGACUCCCGCCACCUCCUCUACCAGCUCCUGUGGAACAUGUUCUCUAAAGAGGUGGAGCUGGCCGACUCCAUGCAGACUCUCUUCAGAGGAAACAGCCUGGCCAGCAAAAUAAUGACCUUCUGUUUCAAGGUAUAUGGGGCCGCAUACCUGCAGAAGCUACUGGAGCCUUUAUUAAGAGGGGUCAUCACCACCCCUGAACACAUCAGCUUUGAGGUGGAUCCUACCAGGCUGGAACAAGGUGAGAACCUGGAGGACAACCAGAGGAACCUCCUGCAGAUCACCGAGCGGUUCUUCCAGGCCAUCAUCGGUUCAUCCAGCGAGUUCCCCCCACAGCUCCGCAGUGUUUGCCACUGUCUUUACCAGGCUACUUGCCACUCUCUACUGAAUAAAGCAACAGUAAAAGAAAAAAAGGAAAACAAAAAAGCAGUGGUGAGUCAGCGUUUCCCACAGAACAGCAUUGGUGCGGUAGGCAGCGCCAUGUUUCUGCGCUUUGUCAACCCAGCAAUUGUGUCUCCCUAUGAGGCCGGCAUCCUGGACAAGAAGCCCCUACCCAGGAUAGAACGGGGUCUCAAACUCAUGUCCAAGAUUCUGCAGAGCAUUGCAAACCAUGUCUUGUUUACAAAAGAAGAACACAUGAGGCCAUUUAAUGACUUUGUUAAGAGCAACUUUGAUUCAGCCAGAAGGUUUUUCUUGGAUAUAGCAUCUGACUCCCCACCCAGCGAUUCAGUCAACCACAGUCUGUCCUUUAUCAGUGAUGGUAAUGUGCUGGCCCUCCAUCGCCUGCUGUGGAACAACCAGGAGAGGAUUGGCCAGUAUCUCUCCAGUAACAGGGACCACAAGGCUGUAGGCAGGCGACCUUUUGACAAGAUGUCCACCCUGCUGGCCUACCUGGGACCUCCUGAACACAAACCUGUGGCUGACACUCACUGGUCCAGUCUAAACCUGACCAGCUCCAAAUUUGAAGAGUUCAUGACCAGGCACCAGGUCCAUGAGAAGGAGGAGUUCAAAGCCUUAAAGACCCUCAACAUCUUCUACCAAGCAGGAACCUCCAAGACCGGCAAUCCAGUGUUCUACUACGUGGCCCGCAGGUUCAAAACAGGCCAGAUCAAUGGUGACCUGCUCAUCUACCAUGUCCUCCUCACUCUCAAACCCUACUAUGCUAAGCCCUACGAGAUAGUAGUAGACUUAACACAUGUAGGACCUAGCAACCGCUUCAAGACCGACUUCCUGUCCAAGUGGUUUGUGGUGUUUCCUGGCUUUGCCUAUGAGAAUGUAGCAGCUGUCUAUGUCUACAACUGCAACACCUGGGUGAGGGAGUACACCAAGUACCAUGAACGGCUACUGACAGGCCUGAAGGGCAGCAAGCGACUCCAGUUCAUUGACUCUCCAGCUAAGUUGGCCGAGCACAUCGAACCCGAGCAACAGAAAUUACCUGCAGCCACGCUGACCCUGGAGGAAGACCUUAAAGUGUUCCAUAAUGCCCUCAAGCUGGCCCAUAAAGACACCAAGGUCUCCAUAAAGGUGGGCUCGACAGCAGUUCAGGUGACUUCAGCCGAGCGGACCCGUGUCCUCGGCCAGCCUGUCUUCCUCAACGACGUCUACUACGCCUCAGAGAUUGAGGAGAUUUGCCUGGUGGAUGAGAGCCAGUUCACCCUCACCAUGGCCAACCAGGGCACACCACUCACAUUUAUGCACCAGGAGUGUGACACCAUUGUCCAGUCCAUUAUCCAUAUACGGACACGCUGGGAGCUGUCGCAGCCUGACUCCAUCCCACAGCACACCAAGAUUCGACCAAAAGAUGUACCUGGUACUCUGCUCAACAUUGCCCUGCUGAACCUGGGCAGUUCUGACCCCAGCCUCAGGUCUGCAGCUUACAACCUAUUGUGUGCUUUGACCUGCACCUUUAACCUGAAGAUAGAGGGCCAGCUGCUGGAGACAUCAGGCCUUUGCAUCCCUGCAAACAACACCCUCUUCAUAGUCUCCAUUAGCAAGACUCUGGCUGCCAAUGAGCCACAUCUCACACUGGAGUUUCUGGAGGAGUGCAUCUCAGGCUUCAGCAAAUCCAGUAUUGAGCUGAAGCAUCUCUGUCUGGAGUACAUGACACCCUGGUUGCUCAACCUAGUUCGCUUCUGUAAGCACAACGAUGACGCCAAACGCCAGCGUGUCACCGCCAUUUUGGACAAACUCAUUACCAUGACGAUCAAUGAAAAGCAGAUGUAUCCCUCUAUCCAGGCCAAGAUCUGGGGCAGCCUGGGCCAGAUAACAGACCUGCUGGAUGUUGUGUUGGACAGCUUUAUUAAGACCAGUGCCACGGGAGGCCUGGGCUCCAUCAAAGCAGAGGUCAUGGCUGAUACUGCAGUGGCUCUGGCUUCAGGGAAUGUCAAACUGGUCUCCAGCAAGGUUAUUGGUCGGAUGUGUAAGAUCAUAGACAAGACGUGUCUGUCGCCAACGCCCACAUUGGAGCAGCACCUGAUGUGGGACGACAUAGCCAUUUUGGCCCGCUACAUGCUCAUGCUGUCCUUCAACAAUUCCCUGGAUGUUGCAGCCCACCUGCCAUACCUGUUCCACGUGGUGACCCUGCUGGUAGCCACUGGGCCGCUGUCCCUUAGGGCCUCCACCCACGGUUUGGUUAUCAACAUCAUCCACUCCCUCUGCACCUGCUCGCAGCUCAACUUCAGUGAGGAGACAAAGCAGGUACUGAGGCUAAGCCUGACUGAGUUCUCCCUGCCCAAGUUCUACCUGCUGUUUGGCAUCAGCAAAGUCAAGUCAGCCGCAGUCAUCGCCUUCCGCUCCAGCUACAGAGACCGCUCCUUCUCACCAGGCUCCUAUGAGAGGGAGACAUUUGCCCUGUCUUCCUUGGAGACUGUCACUGAGGCCUUACUGGAGAUCAUGGAGGCUUGUAUGAGGGACAUCCCAGCCUGCAAGUGGUUAGACCAGUGGACAGAGCUCGCACAGAAGUUUGCAUUUCAGUACAACCCAUCUCUCCAGCCGAGAGCGCUGGUCGUGUUUGGCUGCAUCAGUAAGAGGGUGAGCCACAGCCAGAUCAAACAGAUCAUCCGAAUCCUCAGCAAGGCCAGCCCUCUGCUCAGCAUAGACCGGGGACUGGAGAGCUGUCUGAAAGGGCCGGACAAUUACAACAGUCAAGUAUUAAUAGAGGCCACAGUCAUUGCUCUGACCAAGCUGCAACCUCUACUCAGCAAGGAGUCUCCAAUGCACAAAGCUCUGUUCUGGGUGGCAGUAGCUGUGCUGCAGCUGGAUGAAGUCAACCUCUACUCUGCUGGAACAGCCCUGCUGGAGCAGAACCUCCACACUCUGGACACAAUGCGUGUCUUCUACGACAAGAGUCCAGAAGAAGUGUUCAUGGAGAUCAGACGUCCUUUAGAAUGGCACUGUAAGCAGAUGGAUCACUUUGUUGGCCUCAACUUUAGUGCUAACUUCAACUUUGCACUGGUGGGCCACCUACUCAAAGGCUACAGACACCCAUCACCCACUACAGUAGCAAGGACAGUAAGAAUCCUGCACACAUUGUUGGCUCUUAUCAGCAAGCAUCUGAAAUGUGACAAGUUUGAGGUCAACACCCAGAGUGUGGCGUAUCUGGCUGCACUGCUCACUGUAUCUGAGGAAGUCCGAAGUCGCUGCAGCCUCAAACACAGGAAGUCACUCCUGAUUUCUGACCUGUCCAUGGACCCUGUACCCAUGGACACAUAUUCCAGUCACAUCACUGAUCCCAGCUGCAGAACUCUGCGAGAGACUCAGCCGUGGGCGUCACCUCAGGUUUCAGAACGCUACCUUUCAGCCCAUCACUACCCCACAGUGGGCCAGAUCAGCCCACGAACUCGCAAGUCCAUGAGCCUAGACAUGGGUCAGCCCUCACAGGCCAACACCAAGAAGCUCUUGGGCACCAGGAAGAGCUUUGAUCAUCUCAUAUCGGACUCUAAAGCACCAAAGAGACCAGAGAUUGAGUCGGGUAUGACCACCCCUCCCAAGAUGAGACGUGUAGCAGAGAAUGACUACGAGAUAGAGACACAAAGAAUUGGAAACUCUCACCUUCGCAAGGUGUCUAUAUCAGAGUCCAACGUUUUGCUUGAUGAGGAGGUGCUGACAGACCCAAAGAUCCAGGCUCUGCUGCUCACUGUGCUGGCCACCCAGGUCAAAUACACCACUGAUGACUUUGACCAGCGAAUUCUGUAUGAGUACUUGGCUGAAGCUAGCGUUGUCUUCCCGAAGGUUUUUCCAGUUGUCCACAACCUGCUGGACUCCAAGAUCAACACUGUGCUGUCCAUGUGCCAGGACACCAACCUCCUGAAUCCUGUCCAUGGCAUCGUCCAGAGUGUGGUGUACCACGAGGAGUCACCCCCCCAGUACCAGCCCUCCUACUUACAAAGCUUUGGCUUUAAUGGACUUUGGAGGUUUGCCGGACCCUUCUCUAAGCAAACGCAGAUACCUGACUAUGCCGAGCUGAUCGUCAAGUUUCUGGAGGCGUUGAUUGACAGCUACCUUCCAGCAGCUGAUGAGGAGCGAGGGGAAGAGCAGCUAAGGACACCCACCUCACCCUACCCCCCCACCAGCCAGAGCCAGCUCAGCAUCACUGCCAACCUUAACCUGUCCAACUCCAUGACCUCACUGGCCACCUCGCAACACUCACCAGGUGUUGAUAAGGAAAAUGUCCAGCUGUCCCCCAGCUCUGCUUUGUCCAGCGGGUGUCGCACUCGCCAUGGUUCAGCCAGUCAGGUCCAGAAGCAGCGCAGUGCCGGCAGCUUCAAGAGACCCAGUAUCAAGAAGAUCGUCUGAUCAGCCAGAGAACCGCCCCAACUUCCUCUCCACCAGGCCCC